CACACACGCGUUAAUUAUUUCUCUUACUCCUUAAAUCUCUCUCUCUCUCUCUCUCCGUCAGCGUCUGGAGAGAGAACAGAGCCAUCACCGUCAUCACCACCGCCACCGGCAACAUCUCCGGCAAACCUCCAUCAAUGAUCAACAUCUCCGUCCUUCUCCAUCUUCCGCAAUCCAUUUGAUGCGACGAUUGAACGCUCGAAAUCGGGUCGAUUCAUCAAAUCCAAACGAAAUGGAUCAUCCAACAACAAAGAAACUCCAAAUCCGUUCCACAAAUCUCUUCUCUCGCACCACCAACACCAAUUCACGAUGCAUAUCCUUCAACAACACGUUCAUCGGUUUUCUCAUCUUCUCAUUCAUUUUAAUCUUCACAUACUACACCCUCUUCUCUUCCCCGCCGGAAAAAUCUCUCCGGUACCGGAUAAUCAUCGACGGUGGAAGCACAGGAACUAGGGUUCAUGUAUUCAAAUACAAGAUGAAAAACGCAUUGGAUUUUGGGAAGAAGGGUUUGGUUUCUAUGAGAGUGAAUCCGGGUUUAUCGUCGUUUGGGAAUGAUCCGGAUGGGGCGGGGAGAUCGUUGUUGGAGGUGGUGGAUUUUGCGAAAAGACGGAUCCCGAAGGAGAAUUGGAGGGAAACGGAGAUUCGGCUUAUGGCUACUGCUGGGAUGAGAAUGCUUGAUGUUGAAGUUCAAGAGAAGAUUUUGGAGUCUUGUAGGAAGGUUUUAAGGGUUUCUGGAUUUAUGUUUAGGGAUGAUUGGGCUUCUGUUAUAACAGGUUCUGAUGAAGGAGUGUAUGCUUGGGUUGUUGCUAAUCAUGCUCUGGGAACUCUUGGAGGCGAUCCUUCGGAGACUACUGGGAUUAUUGAACUUGGUGGUGCUUCUGCUCAGGUAACCUUUGUAUCAAGAGAAGCGAUGCUGCCUUUGUUCUCACGCACUAUUAAAUUUGGGAAUGUCACUUACAACCUUUACAGCCACAGCUUGCUUCAUUUUGGCCUGAAUGUUGCCCAUGACUCAUGGAGAGAAGCGCUUAUAUCAGGAAAUUCUAACUUGGCUUCUCAGUAUAUUCAGAAGGGGUUGCGCAUAGAUCCUUGUACUCCUGCAGGGUACUCUUAUAAUGUUGAUUCCUGGAAGUCCUCUCCUAGCUCACUAAGUGAAAAAAGUCAUUAUCAUCCCACCGUCCAAACAAGGGGAAACUUUUCGGAGUGCAGAUCUGCAGCAUUGGUGCUAUUACAAAAGGGGAAAGAGGCAUGUUCUUAUCAGCAUUGCGACAUAGGAUCAACUUUUAUACCUAAGCUUCAGGGGAAAUUUUUGGCUACAGAAAAUUUCUUUCACACAUCAAAGUUUUUCGGAUUGGGACCACAGGCUUAUCUGUCCAAGUUAAUGACUGCUGGGCAAGAAUACUGUGGAGGGGAUUGGUUAAAGCUAAAGAAAAAAUAUGUCUCCCAUGAUGAGGAAGAUUUACUUCGACAUUGCUUCUCUUCUGCAUACAUUGUUGCUCUGCUUCAUGACAGUCUUGGGAUUGAUAUGGAUGAUGAGAGGAUCAAGGUUGCUAAUCAGGUGGGAAGUAUUCCGCUCGAUUGGGCUUUGGGAGCUUUUAUUAUGCAAACUACAGCUGAUGCAGAUAUACAGAACCACAACUGGUUUGCUUCCAUUUUCAGUAAUGAAUCGCCUACUCUCCUCUCUCUGGUUGGAAUUUUCGUAAUAUUGUUGUUUGCAGCAUGGUCUAUAUCUAGGUGGAGGAAACCUCAAUUGAAGACUAUUUAUGACCUUGAAAAGGGACGUUAUAUAACUACGCGAGUUGGUAGGUAAUGCUUGAUAGUAUAUCAGAUCCUGGUUCUUGGUAUACAUACAUGGCCGUAUGUUAUGAUUUUGACGAAAAUAUUUAUUCUUUCUCACUCGAUGGCCAUGUACGUCAUAUCAUCAAUAUCGUGCUAGUGGGCCCGAGAUUGUACAACACUGGACUUGGAUGCAGCAUGUGGAGAUUGAGGAACUAGUGUAGAGUAGUAAGAUUCGUUUUGUGUUUAGUCGAAUCCAGCAAGUCAGGAACCUAGUGUUAUGCCACUCGCUAUACUGGUUACACAUAACAACAGUAGGGCAAGAGGUGGAGCAAGCCAGCUUUGGGAAUUCACAGGUGGAAUUGCAUCCUUGAACAGAAAAUACCUUGUGUGAUCUUUUGUAAUUUUACCUUUGUAACAAAAAAUGACUCAACUGAUAUAUUUUGCCAAUUGUUAAAGUGCAAAGUGAAACACGUUCCAGCUUAUUUAUUCUUAUUGGUUAGAUAUAAACGGGUCUCACUAAAUUAUGUAAGUUCCUUAUAUAUUUGGCGGGAUUCAUAAAUUUCAACCAAUAGAAGUGUAUGUGUUGAAAAGAUUGUGUUAGUGAGUAGUAUGUUGCUAGCAUUUUUCAUUUUCCUCUA